AUGAGAUUUACUCUUGUUGUUGCCUUGUUGUUGGUUGUUACCUUCUGUGUUUCAUCCUCCUUUGCCAAGUAUGAAGAUUUGAAGAGAUUGCAAGUUGGUGUCAAGUAUAGACCAAAUGAUUGUGAUAGAAAGAUCAAGGAUGGUGAUAAAAUUGAUGUUCACUACAGAGGUACUUUGACUGAUGGUACUGAAUUUGAUUCUAGUUAUAGCAGAAAUCAACCAUUCUCCUUCACUAUUGGACAAGGUAGUGUUAUUAAAGGAUGGGAUGCUGGUCUUCAAGGAGCUUGUGUUGGUGAAAAGAGAAAGUUGGUUAUUCCUAGUGAAAUGGGAUAUGGAUCAAGGGCUAUGGGUAAAAUUCCAGCUAACAGUGUUUUGAUUUUCGAUGUUGAAGUUGUUGCUAUCAACUAA